AUGUCUUCCACGGACGAGAAUGCCAUCAACUAUUCGUCGCCCUCGGUCGAUUGGCGGGCCAAAUACGUCGAGAUCAGCGACAUUCUGGCGGAAACACGGCAAGAACUGGACGAGUUCCACCAAUCGAGCAAGGAACUGGAGGAGGAGCUGGAGCGCGAUCUGGAACGGGCGGAGAAAGCUCAGCAGGAUCUGAAAAUCAAGGUCGCCAGGGCUGAGCAGGAGCGGGACGACUGGAAGACCAAAUUCAUGUCUCUGCAAACAACGCACAACACCACAACGACAUCUCUACAACGCGAGCUAGAUAUGGUGCGGCAGGAGAACUCGAAGAUGCGGGUGCAGUUGCGUGAUCUGGAGCUUGGCAACGAUGAUCUGGAGAGGAAUGAGCGGGCCAUAUCCUCUAGCUUAGCCGAUGUCGACGCCAAAUAUCAACGAGCAUUGGAGGAGAAGAUUCUGCUGGAACACGAAUUACUGGACAAGGCCAGUAUGGAGGAAGAAUGCCAAAGGCUGAAGGAUCAAGUCAGAGAGGCGAACGAAGAAAUCUCUAUCCUGAAGGAUCAGCUAGAUGCUGCUCGAGCUGCGGCAUCAUCGCGUUCCUCCGUCGUUUUGUCCGAGACAUCUUCCGCUUCCUCGGCAGCUGCGCAGAAGGAUGUACCACUUACCACGGAUGACCUAAUGCGCACCGCUCCACCUAACGAACUGUCGCUCGAGGAUCUGAUGACGAGUAGCGACACGCCUACUCGUAAAGUGGAACCCACGACCAACAUAGUCACUCCUUCCGAGUCGCGCAAGGGUCAAUCGGCGCUUCUCCGGCGCACUGGUGUGGGAGCCUCUCGGUCGGGAAUCCCUUCGCCAGGCUCCAGUCCGUCACCAUUUGGCCGCUCGAGCACAUUGCCGUCACUCAACACGGCACUUAGCUCCGCACGAUAUAAAGCUUCUCCCCGUACUCCUGUUGCCCGGCCCACCUUCCCAACGCGCACAACGAGUGUUUCAAGCAACGCAACUACGAGCACCGCUACUGGUAUACCGAGGAGCAAGGGAGUGCAGAUGGUGUCCGAGAUGCGCGCCCGUGUCAAGAACCUGGAGCAGAGAAUACACACUAGGGUGCCCCGUUUGCGGAUGGGCAGUGUCUCCGGGCGACAGAAUGCAGUUCCCGCUGCUACGAGCACGACGACGCCGACACAAGUGCCUGCAUCAUCGUCGACCACCACUGUCCGACCAAGCCCGCCCAGCAGCCGCCAGAUGAAUCGACUCAGCCUUGAUGCGGAAGGAGAGGGCAAGAAAACACCCGCAGGUGGCGACACGGGCUGGGUGCUUAUCAUGGAAGACUCGCCUUCCCCAGUUAAGGAUAGGACCAAGGAAAGAAGGAGGACGUCCAGUCCCACCGCGCCGUCUGCAUUUAAGCGCCUUACUUCCAACACAACCUCGGCCUCGAACGAUCGGAGUAUCAGCAGUCAGCUUCAAAAAAGCGUUAAUCGCCGGUCCGGGUCGCGCAUCUCGGUGACUACGGAUAGGAGUAGCAUCAGCACAGCGGCAUCUAUGAGUACGAUUCCGACGCCUACCUCGAGGCCCACAACACCUACGUUCUUACCAUUGCCCACCUCAGGCCUGUAUUCGAAUCCUGGGGUUGGCUUAAAGCGUUCCACUGGACCUAGUUCGACUACUCUCAAGCGCUCGUCACUUGGAUCUAGCUCGCCCUUCCCCCCUACCAGCCUCAGACCUCCAUCUUCUUCCGGCUUCUAUACGCGAACGUCGUCCAAUACGACCACAACCAAUUCCCAUUCGUCGGACGGUGUGAGCAACGACCUAAGCGAUGGCCCACACCACAAUGUGACCACGCGCGCCAAGGCGAACCCGCUCAGUCAAAGCCGGAUUGGCCGACCCAAUGCUGGACGGAAGAGUGCGGGACAAGAGGCACUGGACGCGUAUGCCGCGCUCGACAAUAGCCGAACGCGGGCGAGUCCGACUGCGACCCGGCCUGCAAAGUAAUCAUCGGCUACUUUCAUCUAUGCGUUCCCUGCCUUGAUGCCUUGACUGCACUUUCGCAUAUCUCCCCUUGUCGGAAAAUCGUUAUGUUAUACUUACCUUCUACAUCCCGAUCCUACUCCUCCCGUCCAUUAAUUUGCGCGACGUCUUCCUCUCCCGUUUCUGACGCCCAUGACCUCGCAAUCAUUGUUAUAUGGCCCGGGACGCAAUGUCUCUCGUUAACAUACAUACACCUUUUUUCCACUCUUAACUGUUCUACUAGUGUUUUCCUCUCUUGUCAGUCCGUAGUACUUAUGCAGACCUGAUGGAUAUACCUGUGAUAUUUAGAUGACGAUAACGAACUG